AUGUCACAACCUCCGGGUUUUAUUGAUUCUCAUUAUCCAGAUUAUGUGUGCCAGCUUCACAAAUCUUUAUAUGGAUUAAAACAAGCUCCACGAGCUUGGAAUGAGAAGUUCAUAACCUUCCUUCCAUCUCUUGGGUUCAUCUCUACUUAUGCAGAUUCCUCCUUAUUUGUCCAACACACUGGCAGCUCCAUCGUUGUCCUACUUCUUUAUGUUGAUGAUAUUAUUCUCACUGGAAAUUCAUCUUUAGCAAUCAUUGCAGUAAUUGAUGCUUUAACCAAAGAAUUUGAUCUCAAAGACUUGGGGCAGCUUCAUUAUUUUUUGGGCAUACAGGUUAUACAACAAUCAAAUGGUUUGUUUCUUUCUCAAGCAAAGUAUAUCAAGGAUCUUCUAGCCAAAACAGAUAUGGAAGACUCCAAACCUUGUGCAACACCAUGCUUGCCCUAUAAUCGAUUGGUACUGGAUGAUGGCAAACCUUAUAAUAAUCCGGGAUUAUACAGGAGUUUGGUUGGAGCAUUGCAAUAUCUUACAUUCACUCGACCUGAUAUUGCAUUUGCAGUCCAUCAGGUAUGUCAAUUCAUGCAAAAUCCAAUGGAGUCUCACUUUACUGUAGUUAAGCGGAUCCUUAGAUAUUUGAAGGGUUCAGUGCACUUGGGAGUUCAGUAUGUUAAAGGUGACUUGGAUGUGAGAGCCUAUUCGGAUACAGAUUGGGCUGGUGAUCCCAAUGAUAGAAGGUCGACAACUGGGUUCGUGGUGUUUUUAGGUUCCAAUCCUAUAUCGUGGUCAUCUAAAAAGCAGCAAACUAUCUCACGCUCGUCCACAGAGGUUGAAUAUCGAGCAUUGUCCUCUACUGCUGCUGAAUUGGAUUGGAUCAAACAGCUGCUGUCAUUUCUGCAUGUUCCCAUUCCCUAUCAACCAAUGUUUUACUAUGAUAACAUGUCGACUAUUGCCCUAACUUGUAAUCUUGUUCUUCACCAAAGAACAAAACAUAUUGAGGUAGACAUUCACUUUGUUCGAGAACGAGUGAAUAAAAAGCUGUUGACAGUGCAGUUUGUUCUUUCUGCUGACCAAUAUGCAGAUAUUUUGACGAAGGGGUUGUCUGCUCCACUCUAUCAAACACAUUGUCACAAUCUCAGUCUUGCAGUUCUUGCCACUGAGUUUGAGGGGGGAUGUUGA